GUUCCGCAUAUUGGAGGCAUGUCAGUGCAGGAGAGCAUGCAACCCCUGGGGCUUUUGUCAUGCAUCUCUAAGUCCCAAAGGGAUUUAGCCAAGUCCAUCCUGUUUGGGGCUCCAGGAGGUAAGAAGGGGCAACAGAUGCCAUUGAAGAGAAGGGGGAGGGAUAGACAGGCGUGCAGUGGCAUGGAGGGGCCAGCGGGGUACCUACGGCGAGCCAGCUUAGCCCAACUGACCCAGGAGCUGGGCACUGCUUUCUUCCAGCGGCAACAGCUACCAGCUGCUAUGGCAGACAGCUUCCUGGAACACCUCUGCCUACUGGACAUCGAUUCUGAGCCUGUGGCUGCUCGUAGUACCAGCAUCAUUGCCACCAUCGGGCCGGCAUCUCGCUCCGUGGAGCGCCUCAAGGAGAUGAUCAAGGCCGGGAUGAACAUCGCACGACUCAACUUCUCCCACGGCUCCCACGAGUACCACGCUGAGUCCAUCGCCAACAUCCGGGAGGCGGUGGAGAGCUUUGCAGGUUCCCCGCUCAUCUACCGACCCGUGGCCAUCGCUCUGGACACCAAGGGACCGGAGAUACGCACUGGGAUCCCGCAGGGGGGCCCGACGUCGGAAGUGGAGCUAGUGAAGGGCUCUCGCGUGCUGGUGACGGUGGACCCGGCGUUCCAGAAGCUGGGGAACGCGACCACCGUGUGGGUGGACUACCCCAAUAUCAUCCGAGUCGUGCCGGUGGGGGGCCGCAUCUACAUUGACGAUGGACUCAUCUCCCUAGUGGUCACGAAAAUCGGUCCAGAGGGCCUGGAGACCCAAGUGGAGAGCGGCGGUGUCCUGGGCAGCAGGAAGGGCGUGAAUUUGCCGGGCACCCCGGUGGACCUGCCUGGGCUGUCUGAGCAAGAUGUCCAGGACCUGCAAUUUGGGGUGGAGCAUGGCGUGGACAUCGUCUUUGCCUCCUUUGUGCGGAAAGCCAGCGACGUGGCUGCCGUCAGGGCUGCUCUGGGGCCAGAAGGACAGGGUAUCAAGAUCAUUAGCAAAAUCGAGAACCAUGAAGGCGUGAAGAAGUUUGAUGAAAUCCUGGAGGUGAGCGACGGCAUCAUGGUGGCACGAGGUGACCUGGGCAUUGAAAUCCCAGCCGAGAAGGUUUUCCUGGCUCAGAAGAUGAUGAUCGGCCGUUGCAACUUGGCGGGCAAGCCAGUCGUCUGUGCUACACAGAUGCUGGAGAGCAUGAUCACCAAGCCCCGACCAACCCGGGCAGAGACGAGUGAUGUGGCCAACGCCGUGCUGGAUGGGGCAGACUGCAUCAUGCUGUCAGGGGAGACUGCCAAGGGCCACUUUCCUGUGGAGGCUGUAAAGAUGCAGCAUGCGAUUGCCCGGGAGGCAGAGGCUGCAGUGUACCACCGGCAGCUCUUUGAGGAGCUGCGCCGGGCAGCACCACUGAGCCGGGAUCCCACUGAAGUCACUGCUAUCGGCGCUGUGGAGGCUUCCUUCAAGUGCUGUGCUGCUGCCAUCAUUGUGUUGACCAAAACUGGCCGCUCAGCCCAGCUGCUGUCUCGGUACCGACCUCGGGCAGCAGUCAUUGCUGUCACCCGCUCUGCCCAGGCUGCCCGCCAGGCCCACCUCUGCCGAGGAGUCUUCCCUGUGCUCUACCGUGAACCUCCAGAGGACAUCUGGGCAGACGAUGUGGAUCGCCGGGUCCAAUUUGGCAUCGAAAGCGGAAAACUCCGUGGCUUCCUCCGUUUGGGGGACCUGGUGAUUGUGGUGACAGGCUGGCGCCCCGGCUCCGGCUAUACCAACAUCAUGCGGGUGCUGAGCAUAACCUGAGGUGCCCCUCCCCCUCGGACCAAGCCAGCCCUUGACCCGUCCCCCUCUCUGCUCCCUCCUACAGCCCCCUGUCUAAGUCUUCUCUACUCUCAGUCCUCACUACCCCAGGCCACGUCGGCAUUUAGCCCCUUCUGGGUGCCCCCUCCCCUCCAUUUCACACAGGCCUUGAAAGUCUGUAUCCAAUUAAGCGCUGGCCAUCUGACAGCACCAAUCAUACAUUCUCUGCAUCCAAUGCUCUCAACUGGUCCCUAAAAUGCUCUGCGCCUUUAAUCCCAGCUUAACUGGUUAAUUCUAUUCCAACAGGCUUCCCACCCCUGGAGGCUGGGGAGAAGGGAACAGGGCAAUCAUGUCCACAGUCUCCACAAAAAUCUUUUUUUUU